GUGUUAUCUACCUACACAAUAAAGCUCUCUAUUGUUUCAUUGAACCCUGAAAGUAUUAUUGGAGUUUUCCAAGUCAAUGUAACCACCUUUUUUUUUUUUUUACACUGGAUUACAAAUCUCGGCGUUUGAUCGGAUUUCAAUUAAGAAAAAAAAAAGGGUGCCCCUCUGCCCGAUUUAACGCCACUCGCGUACCCCGCGAACGACGAGGGGACCAAAGAAGAAGGAAAAAAAAGAAAAAGAAGAAAAAAGAGAAAUAAAAAGAAAAAUAAUUAGACAAUGUCGCCCGCGACCGUGACGAUCGACACAACGCCCGACUUCAGCAAUGGCGGCGCACCACACAGCACGCUCCUUCUGGCACCGCCCGCCAUGGCGGCGCAGCAGGACGCCAUGGCUGCCGCGCUGACGGACGCGGCGCCGCUCGGCAGCCGACCGGAGCUCUACAUGCUGGACCGGCUCGCCGCGGGCCUGACGAACCUCGCGCCCGCCGCCUACGAUCUCGUUCUCGUCCUCGCUUCCGGCCCGGACCCGCUGCUCUCGCGCCGCGACGUGUUUGCCAGGAUCGCCGACGCCAUGAAGCCCGGCGCCAAGCUGCGCGCCCGCGACGGCUCGCCCCUCGACGCCACCGUCGCCAAGGAGGCCAUCCUGGCUGGGCUGGUCGAGAGCGCAGAGGGGGGUUAUGAGAAGCCCGCCGAGGAGGAGGCUGCCGUGCCGCUGAGGUUUUUGAAGAAGAAGAACAAGGUCCAGCCGGCUGGCGAAGGUGGUCCCGUACAAAGCCCCGCCGCCGUUACAAAACCACUCGCGCCGGAGCCGGCUGCUGCUGCCAAGUCUCUGCCGAACGGUGUGGUUAUGGUGGAUCUGAAUGAUGACUUUGACGUGUCGGACGACGAGAUGAUCGAUGAGGACGAACUGAUGACGGAGGAGGAUCUGAUGCGCCCAAUCCAACAACCCCCCGAGUGCGCCCCGAAGCCCGGAAAGAAGCGACGCGCAUGCAAAGACUGCACAUGCGGCCUGGCCGAGCGCCUCGAGGCCCAAGACAAGGCGAGGCGCGACAAGGCCGACAAGCAGCUGCAGGAGAAGGCGGCCGCGCCCUUCAAGCUCGCGUCCGAGGACCUGAACGAGCUUGACUUUACGGUGCAGGGCAAGACGGGCUCUUGCGGCAGCUGCGCCCUUGGCGACGCCUUCCGCUGUGCGGAUUGCCCUUAUAUCGGACUUCCGGCGUUCAAACCCGGCGAGGAGGUGACGAUACUCAACAACGUUGCGCAGCUGUGAAACGGGAUCUCUCUUUUGUGUUGUGACUUUGAUAUCCCCCCUUUUUUGUGGGUUUCGAUGGCAUUGCAAAGCUCCAGCGACAUAAUAGAGGAGCGGCAAGUUUGGGGGAGUAAAGGCGUUCUGGGUUGUUAGAUGAUAUAAAACGCAUUGUUUAAUGUUAAGUUAUUAUUUGUACACCUGAAGUUAUGGACCUAAGCAACGUACUUCCUGC